AUGCCUCCUCCAACCCCCACCUAUCUCGCCUACCAGCACGACGCCAAACUCCUCCACCUGGAAACAACCAUCCAAUCCCUCCAACCCUUCGCCGACCUCGACGAAGCCAACAAGACCCUCUUCAAAUCCCCAAGCAACGAUGACUUGAUCCUCGUCACGCAAGAAACCAUCUUCCACCCCCAAGGAGGCGGCCAGCCCUCCGACGAAGGCUACAUUUUCCCCGCAGGAACGGACCCCAGCACUACGAGCAGCAAUCCACAAAAUGCCCUCCUCCAAGUCCUCGCCGCACGCAUGGACGCUACAAACAACGGCCAAGUCCUCCACCUCGUCCGCCCGGUACCCAACACAACGGCAGCCGCCACACCCCUCCAAUCCCUACCACCCACCACGCCCAUCCUGCAAACCAUCGACGCCCCAAAACGCCUCCUCUACUCCCGCCUCCACACGGCCGGCCACGUCCUCGGCUCCGCAGUCCGCCACCUUUUAGAAUCCUCGAUCCCGGACUUCGACGAGCUCAAGGCCUCGCAUUUCCCCGAUAGCGCAUCCUGCGAGUUCCGCGGGAGUAUACCCGGCGAACACAAGAGCGCGAUCCAGGCGCGGGUGGACGAGUAUAUCGCGCGCGCGAUGCCGGUGGAGAUUGAGUUUUGGGGGCAAGAGGACUUUGAGAGGGAGGGGGUGCCGCAUCUUCUUCCUGAUAAGGGGCUGUUGGCGCCCGGGGAGAGCAAGUUCCGAGUGGUGAGGAUUGUUGGGGCGGAGGUUUACCCUUGUGGGGGGACGCACGUUGAUAGUACGGAUUUGUGUGGGGGCACGGUUGUGAAGAAGAUCUCGAGGAGUAAGGGGAAUAGCCGGGUUAGCUAUGCCGUUGUAUAG